AUAAAAAUAUCUGAAAAGAGUUCAUAAACUUUGUGUUCAUAGAAUGUAAAUAAGAUCAAGCGAGGAAAAUUGUUAAAUAAGCGAAUUUAUUGAAAGUAAAAUUAUUUGCGGUGUAAAGUUUUGUUGUUGUUAUUUUUUUCAAAGCGAGGAGAAUGAAUUUUGUGAUCCAGCAGAUGAAAAGAAUCGAAUUAAAUUAACUUAGAAUCAGCAAAAUCAAUUGUCUAAGUAUACUCAAAUUAAGAAAACACGCGAAGUCGCGUAAGAAAAAUAAAUAUACAGACAGUAGCAUACAAACAUCCAAGAUGUCGAAAGAUAAUAUUGUGUCGCAGUUUGUUCAAGGCUUAAAGUCAAAAAGUCACCAGAACAGAGCUGCACAGGAACUAUUGCUAUAUGUUAAGACGGAAUUGCGUGAAAUGCCACAGGAGGAACAAGUGUCAUUUCUCGAUGAAUUUAAUCAUCAUAUAUUUGACAUGAUUUCGUCUGCAGACAUAAAUGAAAAGAAGGGAGGAGUUUUGGCCAUAAAAUGCCUAAUUAGUGGAGACGUAGUGAAUACGACAACGAGCAUUUCACGCUAUCUCAAUAACCUUCGGGUUCUAUUUCCAUCAAGUGACGUCGGUGUCAUGGAAUUAGCAGCUAGAACAUUAGUAAAGUUGGGUCAAUUACCUGGAUCGAAAGGUGUUGAAAGUUUCGAAUAUGACAUCAAACAAGCGUUUGAAUUCAUAUCUGAGGAACGAAAUGAAGGAAAACGGCAAGCUGCUGUAAUUAUACUGAGAGAACUGGCUGUAGCAAAUCCAACAUUUUUCUAUCAGCAAGUCUCGAGCUUUUUUGACCACAUUUUUAUGGCAAUUCGAGAUGCAAAGCCUAUGAUUAGAGAAAGUGCAGGACAAGCAUUGCGUGCUGCACUUAUUGUAACAUCUCAACGAGAAACUGUUAAAUUUAAUGUUAAGCCAGCUUGGUAUAAACAAUGCUAUGAUGAGGCAAUUUCGUGUUUUGAAGAGAAUCCUUCCAAAGAGAAAGGUGUAACGAAAGAUGAUCGAGUUCACGGUGCUUUAAUUAUUUUAAAUGAAAUUUUGAGAUGUUCAAAUGCAGUUUGGGAGAAAAAAUAUACAGCAUUAAAGCGUCUUCAGCCCGAGCAAAGGCCUCAUGAUGAUUCAUCGACUGUUUUUCCACGAUUUAGAACGACAUUUUCUGACAAAUUUGGAACACCAACAAAUCAUGUUCCACAAUUUCAUACACAAUCAUCCUACCUUUAUGACUUUGACACGGAUUCAAAGUUUUCACGACAUCACUUAUCAAUCAAUGAAUCACCGACAUGUCGACAAAUUAUCGAAACAAAUUACAAUGAGAUUUGUAAGCAUGUAUUGGAGCAAAUGUUGUCAAAAUCCUCGUAUGUUCAACAAUCGCUCCUGAAUAUUUUACCACGCUUGGCUGCUUUUAAUCGUAAUGAUUUCGUAAAGAAUCAUUUAGCAAGAAUAUUCAAUUACUUGUUAAUGACACUAAAUAGAAAAGAAAAGGAUAGAAAUAUUGCAUUCAUUACUUUAGGCUUUAUAGCUGUUGCUGUUGAUAAGAGUAUUGAACCUUACAUUGCCAAAAUUAUGGAAGUCGUAAAAUCUUCAUUACCUCAAAAGGAUACGCCAGUAAAGAAGAAAACGCAAAUGGAUUCGUCUGUUUUUAUAUGCAUCACUUUACUCGGACAUGCUGUUAAAAAUGGAAUAUCAAAGGAUGUCAAAGAUUUACUUGAACCAAUGUUUUCGACUGGAUUAACACCGGCACUAACCAUUUGUCUAAGAGAACUUGCUGAAAAUAUACCAAAUAUUAAGCGAGAAAUUUCAGAUUUUCUAUUAAAAAUGCUUUCUCAAGUCUUGCUGACUUCAAAGCCACAACCUCAGGUAGGAACGCCAAUAAAGCACAAUUUAACAGCACAAUUUGCCGCUUUGACUGUCCAAAGCACAGAUAAUCAACCAGACAUUUCUACAAUCGUGCUUGCAUUAAGAACAUUAGGAACAUUUCAAUUUGAAGGACAUAAUUUAUUGCCAUUCGUGCAACGAUGUGCUGACUAUUUCCUCAUUAAUGACCAACAAGAAAUUCGUAUUGAGGCGGUACAAACAUGCAGUAGUUUAUUAAAAAUAUCCAUUCAGCAAUCAUCAGAAACGACAGGAAUUUCAGAAACAUUAAAAGAGACAAUUUGUCAUGUUUUAGAGAAACUACUAAUUGCUGGAGUCACAGAUGUUGAUGCUAAUGUUAGAUUAAGAGUUUUGAAAUCCCUUGACGAGACUUUUGACGCGCAAUUAGCACAACCAUGGUUUUUAUCAUCAUUGCUGGUGACACUUAAUGACGAAGUUUUUGAAAUAAGAGAAUUAGCAAUAAUAACAAUUGGACGAUUAUGCUCAAUGAAUCCAGCUUAUGUCAUGCCAAGUUUAAGAAAAACACUCGUUCAGCUAUUGACAGAAUUGGAGCAUUCUGGGAUGAGUCGAAAUAAGGAACAAAGUGCAAGAAUGUUGGAUCAUUUAAUUCUCAAUACACCAAAAUUAAUAUCAUCGUAUAUGCGUCCAAUACUAUCAAUUCUAGUGCCAAAAUUAAAGGAAGUAGAUUUAAAUCCUGGCGUUGUUUUGAACGUUUUACGAGCAAUCGGAGACUUGGCAGAAGUUAAUAGUCAAUCAAAUGUUAUGGAUGCAUAUGCUGAUGAUUUAUUAACGAUUCUUGUUGAGAUGUUAACAGACGCUGGUGCUCCAAAUAAACGAGGAAUUGCUCUAUGGACUUUAGGUCAAAUUGUCAGUGCUACUGGAAAAGUUGUGAUACCUUAUCAUACUUAUCCUAACUUGAUUGAUAUUCUUAUCAAUUUCUUAAAAACUGAAACUGACAUUCUCGUUCGUCAUGAAACAAUUCGUGUAUUAGGAUUAUUAGGAGCUUUAGAUCCAUACAAACAUAAAAUGAAUCGUGGCUUGAUUGACAACCAAAAUGAUACAAUAUUGAUUUCUAUAUCUGAUAUUAAAGUUGAUGAGUAUAAUGAUUUAUCGACAGCUGAAAUGUUGGUUAACAUGGGGAAUCAAUUGGACGAAUAUUAUCCAGCAGUUGCUAUAUCCACAUUAAUGAAAAUUCUCAAGGAUGGAAAUUUAGCACAGCAUCAUACAAGUGUUGUACAAGCUGUUACAUUCAUUUUUAAAAGUUUAGGAAUUAAAUGUGUGCCUUAUUUAUCACAAGUAUUGCCAAGCUUAUUGAAUAAUAUACGAACAGCAGAAGUUAGUAAACGUGACUUCCUCUUUCAACAACUCUCAACAUUGGUCGAAAUUGUUAAGCAGCACAUUAUCUGUUACAUGACUGACAUUUUUAAGCUAGUUAAAGAUUUUUGGGUACCACAAAGUGAAUCAACACAAAUCACACUUAUUAAUUUGGUCGAGAAGAUUUCAAUAGCUUUGGGAUGUGAAUUUAAGGUUUAUUUGUCACAACUCAUGCCUCACAUUCUUCGUGUCUUGUCACAUGAUAAUUCCAAGAAUAAAAAAGUCACUUUUGUGCUACUUGGAACGCUACAGAAAUUUGGUGAUAAUCUUGAUGACUAUCUACAUCUUAUUGUUCCACCAAUUGUUAAGCUUUUCGAACCAAUCGAUGUCCCACAAAAUGUCUCAAAUGCUGCUUUAGAAACAAUUAAUCAUUUAGCUGAAAUUCUCGACUUUACGGACUAUUCAUCGAGAAUAAUUCAUCCACUUGUACGAGUCAUUGACAAUUAUCCAGAUUUAAGACCUGUUGCUCUUGUGACACUCUGUGCGAUGGUCAUUCAACUUGGAAAGAAUUAUUUAGUAUUUGUGCCAUUAGUCAGUAAAAUCAUGCAAAAGCAUAAGAUCAAUAAUACUGAAUAUGCCAAGCUUUUGUCGAAAAUUCAGAGCAACACAACAUUAGCACUUGAUGAUGAGUUCAGACUAAGACAAACGAGAUUUAAGAAUCGUGAAAUUGCAGUUGUUGUCGAUUCCAAUACAAUUAAAAAGUUACAAGUUUCUGAAAAUGAUUUACAAGUUUUAUGGCAGUCAAUAAGAAGAGUAUCAAAGGAUGAUUGGCUUGAAUGGUUGAAAACAUUGAGUAUUGGAUUAUUGAAGGAAUCACAAUCGCCAGCAUUAAGAUCCUGUAAAGCACUCGCACAAAAUUAUCCACAAUUAUUAAGAGAUUUAUUUAAUGCUGCAUUCAUUUCAUGCUGGACUGAACUUAGUGCUGUGAAGAAAAAGCAAUUAGCCGCAAGUUUACAGCAAGCAUUAAUGGUGCCUGAUAUUCCUGAAAUAACACAAACAAUUUUAAAUCUAGCUGAAUUUAUGGAACAUUGUGACAGUCAAACGUUGCCAAUUGACUCGAAAUUGCUGGGACAAAGAGCAAUGGACAGCAGAGCAUAUGCCAAAGCCUUACAUUAUAAAGAAGCUGAAUUUAGACAAGAAAAGACUCACCAAGUUAUAGAAUCAUUAAUUUUAAUCAACAAUAAAUUACAGCAGAAAGAAGCAGCCGAAGGUUUACUUGGCUAUGUUAUGGCACAUCCAGAAUUGGAGAUUCAAGUAAGAUGGUAUGAGAAAUUGCACAAUUGGGAACGUGCUUUGGGAUUAUAUGAAGAAAAGUUGAAGAAAGUAGGCGACGAUGUUGAUUCAAUGCUCGGACAAAUGAGGUGUUUGGAAGCGAUGGGUGAAUGGAAUGACUUGAGUGAUUUAGCGACAGAUAAAUGGGACAUAUUAACAAAUGAUGGACAUUCACGUGCUGGACGAUUAGCAGCUGUGGCAUCUUGGGGUCUUCAAGAUUGGGAUAAGAUGGCAUCAUAUGUAAAAUGUAUUCCUGAAGAGACACAAGAUGGAAGCUUUUAUCGAGCAGUUUUAGCGAUUCAUAAUAAUGAUUUUGAAAGUGGACAGAAGUUGAUUGAUCAAACUCGACUGUUACUUGACACCGAAUUAACAGCAAUGGCUGGAGAAUCAUAUGAACGAGCUUAUGGUGCAAUGGUUUGUGUUCAAAUGUUAUCGGAACUUGAGGAAGUCAUUCAUUAUAAAUUGAUUCCUGAGCGUCGAGAAAAUAUUAAAAAUAUGUGGUGGAAGCGACUUAGAGGUGGUCAACGACUUGUUGAAGACUGGCAAAAGAUUAUUCAAGUUCAUUCAUUGGUUGUUUCACCUCAAGAAGAUGUUCAUACAUGGCUUAAAUAUGCUUCAUUAUGUAGGAAGAGUAAACAACUUAAAUUAUCACACAAAACACUUGUUAUGUUGUUAGGAUGUGACCCAUCUCAAAAUGAAGAUCAAGAUUUGCCUGUUGUACAACCUCAUGUCACAUUUGCUUACACGAAACAUUUGUGGAUGGAUGGAAAGGAGGAAUUAGCAUACGAUAAACUUUCGAGAUUCGUUAUCACAUUUAAUAAUGUCAUACAGAGAAAUACCACCCAAGCCGUAAUAUCGCAGGAUGCUAAUAAUCGACUACUCGCUAGAUGCUAUAUGAAAUUGGGUCUUUGGCAGAAUAAGCUUGAAGGAUUGAAUGAUGCAUCUAUUGAAAGUAUUUUGUCAUACUAUGAAGCAGCUACAAAUCUAGAUAAAACUUCAUAUAAGGCAUGGCAUUCUUGGGCUUAUGCAAACUUUAAAGUUAUUCAGACACAACGCUUAGAUCUUGCAAAAGCUGAAAUGUCAUCAUCAUCAAACACAGUUGCUAUGGCUGCAAAUGAAGUAAUUAAAAAGGAUAAAGAAAAUCAACUAGUACUUCAGUACGCUGUGCCUGCAUUAAAAGGAUUCUUUAGGUCUAUAAAUUUAUCACAAGGAAACUCAUUACAAGAUACUUUACGUUUACUGACAUUAUGGUUCGAUUAUGGACAAACUUCUGAAGUUAUUGAUGCCUUGAAUGAAGGAAUUCGCAUAAUUGAAAUUGAUACAUGGCUUCAAGUCAUCCCACAACUGAUUGCUAGAAUUGAUACGCCAAGGUUGUUUGUUGGAGAAUUAAUUCAUAAAUUAUUGUCAGAUAUUGGCAAAUCACAUCCACAAGCUCUCGUUUAUCCACUCUCUGUUGCCUCUAAAUCAGCAUCACCAAAUCGAAAGAAUGCUGCAAAUAGGAUUCUAAAUUCAAUGAAAGAACACUCGAGUAUACUUGUUGAACAAGCAAAGAUGUGCAGCGAAGAAUUAAUUCGUGUUGCUAUUUUAUGGCACGAGCAAUGGUAUGAAGGAUUAGAAGAAGCUUCGCGUUUAUAUUUCGGGGAAAGGGACAUCAAAGGAAUGUUUGAUACAUUAGCGCCACUUCAUGCGAUGCUUCAAAGGGGUCCACAAACUUUAAAAGAGACUUCAUUUAAUCAGGCUUACGGGCGAGAACUGUCGGAUGCUUUUGAAUGGUGCAAUAAUUAUAAGGUGACUGGUAAUAUGAGGGAUUUGACGCAAGCUUGGGAUCUUUAUUAUCACGUUUUCCGUCGUAUUUCCAAACAACUGCCUCAAUUGACGUCGUUAGAGCUUCAAUAUGUUAGUCCUAAGCUUCUCAAGUGUCGGGACCUUGAAUUAGCAGUUCCAGGAAGUUAUUCACCCGGUUUAGAGCUAAUCAAGAUCUGCAGCAUACAAACAAAUCUGCAGGUAAUUACAUCGAAACAACGACCAAGAAAAUUAUGCAUUAGAGGAUCAAACGGAAAAGACUACAUGUUCUUGCUCAAAGGUCAUGAAGAUUUACGUCAAGAUGAACGAGUUAUGCAGCUUUUUGGCUUAGCAAAUACGCUUUUAUUGAAUGAUCCAGAUACAUUUAGACGAAAUUUGACAAUUCAACGCUACGCUGUAAUUCCACUUAGCACAAAUAGUGGAUUAAUUGGAUGGGUGCCUCAUUGUGACACACUUCAUGUUUUAAUUAGAGAUUAUCGUGAAAAGAAGAAGACGCUAAUUAACAUAGAACAUCGAUUAAUGUUACGUAUGGCACCGGAUUAUGAGAAAUUAAUAUUAAUGCAAAAAGUAGAAGUCUUUGAAUAUGCCUUAAGUCUCACAAGUGGUGACGAUCUUGCUAAAUUAUUAUGGCUGAAAAGUCCAUCAUCUGAAGUGUGGUUUGAACGUCGAACAAAUUAUACACGAUCGUUGGCUACUAUGUCUAUGGUUGGAUAUAUUUUGGGUCUCGGAGAUCGUCAUCCUUCAAAUUUGAUGCUGGAUCGUUUAAGUGGAAAAAUUCUUCAUAUCGAUUUUGGAGAUUGCUUUGAGGUUGCCAUGACUCGCGAGAAAUUCCCAGAGAAGAUUCCAUUCCGUCUAACGAGAAUGUUAAUAAAUGCUAUGGAAGUGACUGGAAUUGAAGGAACAUACAGAAAGACGUGCGAAAGUGUUAUGUCAGUGUUGAGAAAGAAUAAAGACAGCUUAAUGGCUGUUCUUGAAGCAUUCGUUUAUGAUCCAUUACUUAAUUGGCGUCUUUUGGAUACAGCUGAUAGAAAUAGACGAUCCAAAAAUCUCGAAGUCGGUGGUGCUGGAAAUAUUGACAGUUUAGGUGAAAGUGCAGAAGAUUCAAUGGAAUUGCUUAGCUUUGCUGGAAAUCCAAAAGCUGUCGCACCAAAACCUAUGGAAAUAAUUGGAGAUGACAAUACACAAAAUUAUUUACAUCCUGCCGAAGUCACAAACAAGAAAGCUCGAACAAUUAUCGAUCGUGUGAAACAGAAACUUACUGGAAGUGAUUUCAACACGCAAGAACAGGUGGAUGUACAAAGACAAGUUGACUUACUUAUUGAACAAGCUACAAACAACGAAAAUUUAUGUCAAAACUAUAUCGGAUGGUGCCCAUUUUGGUAAAAAUAGAAACUUUUUGUUUGUUAAUAGAUUUUAAGGAAAAUUUGUUUCAUAGAUUAUUAUCAGAUUAUAAUAACUACCCUAUUAACUAUAAGUGUCAUGCUUAAGUCUUUAAAAUUGUAACGAAGAUUAUAAAAAUAAUAAAAAACAAGAUAACAGAAAAAUAAAUAAUUC